UUAGGGUUUUAUGCACGCUCCUCCAUGAUCAUGAGCUGGUUUAUACCCUACUUUCCUUCUUCCCCCAUCAAAGGAAUCCGAAGAGUGAUUUAAAAGGCGAAAAUAAAGGUAUUCACUGUAUCGACAAAAGAAACUUUUACUAAACCUGUCCCAGCUAGUUAUAACCCAUUUUAGGUUUACAUACAUGCACUUUACUGCUCCUUAUACACACACACAACACAUAUAUAUAUACACUCGUUAGCAUCAGUUCUCUUAAUCAUUCCAAUCUCAGCGAGAGAAACCCAGAACAGGGAAAAUAAAAAAAUGGGGAAAAUUGUAGGUGUUCUUCUGUGUCUGUUGAUUGUAGGCAUGGAUGUUGCAGGUGGGCUUUUGGGCAUUCAAGCAGAAGUUUCACAAAACCGGGCGAAGCAUAUGAGGUUAUGGAUAUUUGAAUGCAAAGAACCAAGUCAGGAAGCAUUCAGGCUGGGAUUAGCAGCAGUCUGCUUUUUCAUAUUUGCCCAUGUUGUUGCAAGCUUGAUGGGUGGCUGUGCAUGCAUUUGUUCUCAACAAGAAUUUGAAAAUGCCUCCCCUAAUCGCCAAAUCGCCCUGGUCUGCCUUAUUUUUGCCUGGCUUAUAUUAGCGAUUGGGGUGUCAAUGCUGGUGAUUGGGACUCUAUCAAACAACAAAUCUAGGGCUUCUUGUGGUUUUUCACACCACCAUUUUCUGUCCAUUGGAGGGAUUCUCUGUUUUGUUCACGCUCUGUUCUGUGUUGGACAUUACGUCUCAGCCACUGCAGCCAAUGAGGAAGGAAAGUGAAAAUGGUUCAUCAAUACAGAAUAAAAUUGUAUAUUAUAUUUAUAUUGCUUUUUCUUUUUAUUUUUGUAGCAAGACACUAUUAACCUUUCUUUUUCUUUCCACCGCCAUUAUUACCUCCUUCCCCACUGCCACUGUAAGCUUUUUCACAUUUCUUACUCUAUGUCCCAUUAGCUGGUACUUUUAACAUUAUUCUGCUUCCUUUAA